AUGCUCUCAAAAAAGCAACGCACCAACUGCCGACAGCGCCAUCCCCAUCUGCAGCAGCAUGGAAGAGUAGUCAUCGAGAGGAGUAACCGGCGUCACCAUAGCAGGGAACGUGCACAGUGGGCGCGCAUGUGGUCCGAUGAGAAACGAAAGGAGCACUCAACACGUCUUCCCCAUGAGCGCGUUCAGAGACGGAGCGUCAAGAUCAUGUGGGCGCGAGAAGAGAAGACCUCCCAAUCCCAGAAGUUCAGCAGAGGACAGCACGUGUCAGGAGGUGUCGUUGCAUCGUUCAAGUCGUGUGCGAGCGAGUACGAGAGCAUCAUAUCAUCCCGGUCGUCUCAGAAACGUCGAUGCUGCACCGGUUGGUUAAAUGCCGACGAACAAAUACAGCAUCAAGUCAAGCAAAUACGGCGGAUCAAGAGCGUCAUCUUGCGAGGCAUCAUGUCGGAGAAAAUCAAAGAAUCCAGGGCGAGUGAGCCUAUCACAUCACGCAAGGUGACCAGCGCGCAACGUCCGUGGAGAUAA